UUUAUUAAAUUGCUGCGGAUUUUGAAUUAAAUUCUUAAAAAAAUAUGAAGUUUUCCUAUAAGUUUUCCAAUUUACUUGGUACCAUAUAUCGAAGAGGCAAUGUGCUCUUUACGCCAGAUGGAAAUUCCAUUAUUACCCCGGUGGGUAAUCGUUUGACCUUAUACGAUCUGAAGAACAACAAAGCCCGCACUUUAUCCCUUUCGUCAAGCUACAAUUAUCGCACCUUGGCCUUGUCGCCCGAUGGCAGCCUUCUGCUGGCCGUCAAUGAAAAUCAUGAGGCCCAGUUGAUAAGUAUGGUCUCGUGUACCGUUAUACAUAGCCAUAAAUUCCAACAUGAUGUACGCUGUGUGGUCUUCAGCCCAAGUGGGGCACAUUUUGCUGUGGCUAUGCAAAAUUUGGUAUUCGUCUUUAAAGCCCCAGGAGAAUUGACCGGAGAAUAUAAUCCCUUUGUACUGGAAAGACAUUUCUUGGGUGGCUUCGAUGAUAUCACCUAUUUAGAUUGGUCUACAGAUUCCAGAUUUUUACUUGUUGGAUGUCGUGAUAAUUCAACCAAAGUUAUUUCCAUUUAUUUCAUGAAGCAUUUCCGUACCUUCGUUUUGGGUGGCCAUACCGAUUCCAUUGUGGCCUGCUUCUUUGAAAAUAAUAGUUUGGAUGCAAAUACUUUGUCACGCAAUGGCCAGCUGUGUUUGUGGGAAUGUAGUAGAGAUAUGUCCUCCAUAGAGCGAGUGGAGGAUCAUGAACGUCAACAAUAUUUAUCGUAUUUGACAAAGAAGCGAUUGAAGGCAGCCAAGAAGGUGGCUGAUGAUUCCGACGAGGAAGAAGAUGAUGUGGAAAAUACUUUGGAAAAACGUAAUCCCACUGCUGAGGAAUUACUGCAGGCUGGGAAAAUUGUAGAUGACAAUGAAGUGGAAGAUGAGGACAUAAAGAGGGGGCAUCCGUUUUAUUACAAAAAACUUGGUCGUUAUUAUUUGGCCGAUGAACCACGCAAAGAGAAUCAUGAUGCUAUGCUCACAGCAGCCCAUUAUAAUCGUAAAACCAAAAUUAUGGUUGUUGGUUUUAGCACGGGCGCAUUUUACCUGUAUGAAUUGCCUGAGGUUAAUAUGAUCCACUCCUUGAGUAUUUCGGAUUAUGCCAUUUCGACGGCUUUGUUUAAUAACACGGGUGAUUGGGUGGCAUUGGCUUCCCGAGAAUUGGGUCAAUUGUUGGUAUGGGAAUGGCAAUCGGAGCAAUACAUUAUGAAGCAGCAAGGUCAUAGCAGUGAAAUGACCUGUAUCAGCUAUUCCCCAGAUGGCCAAUACAUUGCCACCGGAGGUGAAGAUUCCAAGGUGAAGUUGUGGAACACACAAAGUGGUUUUUGUUUUGUCACCUUCAAUGAACACACCAGUGGUGUGACGGAUCUGCAAUUCAGUCGUAGUAAGAAAUUUUUGGUGAGCAGUUCUUUGGAUGGCACCGUAAGGGCUUUUGAUAUUAAUAGGUACCGCAACUUCCGUACCUUUACCUCACCCCGUGUUGUGCAAUUCUCCUCCGUGGCUGUAGACUAUUCCGAUGAAUUAGUGGCCGCCGGUGGUCAAGAUGUUUUUGAAAUCUAUUUAUGGUCCAUUAAAUUGGGUACACUCUUGGAAGUAAUUAGUGGCCAUGAGGGUCCUGUGUGCUCCAUUGCCUUUUCUCCGGUACCCACUUCCUCCACAUUGGUGUCGGGCUCUUGGGAUAAAACCAUAAAGAUUUGGAAUUGUUUGGAAACGAAAUCGGAACAUGAAACCAUUGAUGUGCUGUCGGAUGUUACCUCAGUGGCCUUUAGUCCCAAUGGGGAGAAUGUCGCUGUCGCCACCUUGAAUGGCAACAUUUCCGUGUUUGAUGUCAAAACUGCCACCCAAAUUAGUACCAUUGAGGGUAUUAAUGAUUUGAAUAGUGGACGCUUGGAGACGGAUGUCAUCACGGCCAAACAAAAUCAAAAGGGAAAAUACUUUUCCUCCAUUGAAUACUCUGUGGAUGGUGAAUGCAUCUUGGCCGCUGGCAAUUCCAAUGUUAUAUGCAUUUAUCAUGUCAGAGAGGCUAUGCUCUUGAAGAAAUUCGAAAUAACACAAAAUAAAAGUUUCGAUGGUCUGAAUGAAUUCAUAAAUCGCCGUAAUAUGACCGAAUUUGGUAAUAUGGCUUUGGUGGAACAAAGAGAGGAGCUUGAAGGUGGUAAUGUGGCCAUACGUUUGCCUGGUGUACAAAAAGGCGAUAUGGCAGCGCGUAAUUUCAAACCCGAAAUGAAAGUAUUUUCAGUGAAAUUUGCACCGACAGGGCAGGCCUUUGCGGCGGCUUGUACGGAGGGAUUGUGCAUCUACAGUUUGGAUAAGGGUGUCGUCUUCGAUCCCCUGGACCUAUCAUUGGAGGUAACACCCAAGGCCAUUAAGGAAUCGUUGAAAGCAAAUGAUUUCUCAAAGGCCUUAAUAAUGGCGUUAAAAUUGAACGAAAUAAAUGUUAUUAAUUUGGCACUAGAGAGUAUACCCUAUAAUGAUAUACAACUAAUUUGCUCCACCUUGCCAGAUCAUUUGGCACAUCGUUUACUCCAGGUCAUUUCCCGGCAAUUGCAAACUUCACCACACAUAGAAUUCUAUUUGAAAUGGUCAUGUAGUUUACUACUGACCCAUGGUAAUCGGGAUGGUGUUUUUCAACAUGCCUCACUGUUGGGGCUGCAUGAAUCGCUUUCACGUAAAUAUGAGACGCUGAAUAGGAUUUGCGACUUCAAUAAGUACACCAUGCGCAUCCUUUUGAAUACGGCCAAGGAGCAAUAUACGAAAAAUCCCCAAUUAAAAGAAAAAACCUUGGAGGCGGGAUCAGAUCAAGAAAUGAAUGGCGAUGACGAAGAGGAUGAUGACGGCUUGUUGCUUAUCAAAUCAAAAUCGAAUGAUAUGGAGGUAUUUGAUGAAGAGGAUAGCAGUGAAGAUGAUGAUGACGAUGAAGAGGAUGACGACUAA